AUGGCGUCUUGGCGGCGGUGGCUGUUGGCCGUCCUGCUGCUGUGGCUCCUCCUCUUCCUGUUGCUGCUCUGUCACUUCCUGGACCUCCGGUUCUUGUCCCCUCCUCGGACCAGAUCAGCAGCAGAACCCGGACUGUCCUGGGCCGAAACCCGCCGCCUGGCCUCCGCGGCUCGGGGGCCAAUGGGGCCCCGGCGCCGGUCGCUCGGACCUGCCGGGGCCUCGGAGGAGGACUGGAGGAGGAGGUCUGAGGACUACUACAGGAGGCGGUCCCUGGAGGUCCUGCAGAGGUUCUGGACUGGGAAUCUGACGGUGGACAUGCUGGGUCCGCGACUCCAGAAGGUCCUGAAGGUCCAGCUGAGCUCCAACAAACACCAGGUGGUGUACCGUGGGCCGCGGGGGCCCCGCAGGUCCGGUCCUCAGCUGUACUGUGACCUGAAAAGGAGGACCAGGAUCCGGACCGUGGACGGGACCGAGGAGCCGUUCUCCAGUCUGGGCUGGGCCCGCCUGGUGCCGCCGCGGCCCCUGCAGGAGCUCCAGGCGCCUCAGUACCGGACCUGCGCCGUGGUGACGUCAGCGGGGUCCAUCCUGAACUCCUCGCUGGGGGCCGAGAUCGACUCCCAUGAUGCAGUUCUGCGGUUCAACUCCGCCCCCACCAGAGGCUUCGAGAGAGACGUGGGAAACAAGACCACCAUCCGCAUCAUCAACUCCCAGAUCGUGGCCCGUCCGGAACACCGCUUCAGCAGCAGCUCGCUCUAUCGUGACGUCACUCUGCUGCUCUGGGACCCGGCGCCGUACUCGGCCAACCUCACCGCGUGGUUCCAGAAGCCCGACUUUGAUCUCUUCUCGCCGUACGUGGAGCGGCGCCGCCUGCGACCCGAGCAGCCGUUCUACAUCCUGCACCCGGGGUUCAUCUGGACCCUGUGGGACCUGAUCCAGGACAACACCGAGGAUCAGAUCCAGCCCAACCCGCCCUCGUCCGGCUUCAUCGGCAUCGUGGUGAUGAUGUCGCUGUGCCGUGAGGUCAGCGUGUUCGAGUUCAUCCCGUCGCGCCGUCGCACCGACCUGUGUCACUACCACGAGCGGUACCGGGACAACGCCUGCACGCUGGGCGCCUACCACCCGCUGCUCUACGAGAAGCUGCUGCUCCAGAGGAUGAACCGCGGGCCGCCGGCCGAGCUGGGCGCCAAAGGCAAGCUGACGCUGAGGGGCCUCGGCGCCGUCGGCUGCGGGGCCUGAGCGGACCGCCAGCAGACCCGGUUCUACCAGAGGAACCGUCCGGAGCCAGUGCUGGGCGGUGACAGCAGAACUAACUGUUCUAAUGAUGUAGAGACUUCACAGAAAUAGUUUGUUACAUGUUCACAAGUUCGAGACUUCUACAGAAACUUUAACGUUCUAGAACAUUUUAUUAACGUCUGACUGAUUCUGGUUCUGGUUCGUUUCAGUGACUCUGACGAGGACGAAGUUCAGCUGCUAAUAAACUCAUUUUAACAUUAAAUGAUUUCAUGACCUGAUGUGAAAUAAACGUUCACGUCUCUGAAUGAAUGUUUUUGUUUUUGUUAUUUAAAAAAAUAUUUUAUUCAUA